AUGGUGGGAUCAGGUUCUUUAGGUGGAGAUUUACAAACUCCACAGUGUGAUGGUGCAAACUACGAUUUUUGGGCUAUCAAAAUGGAGACUAUCCUUAUAGCACAUGAUCUAUGGGAUGUAGUAGAGGUCGGAGUACAACCUCAGCCGAUUCUCGAGGAGGAAGAAGGCUCUGGAGGUGAAGGAAGUGAGGCUGAGCAAGUUCCAGUAGAAGCACCCACCAUCUCCAGAGAAGACAAAAUCAAAAAUGCCAGGGCGCUGAGUCUCAUUCAAGGAGCAUUAGCUAAUGAGCUCUUCCUUCGCAUCAGAAAUGAAGAGACUGCAAAAGGAGCUUGGGAUAUUCUGAGAGAGAGUUCAAAGGAGAUAAAAAGGUUUUUUGGAAUUGUGAAUAAUCUGAAAUCACUUGGUGAAGAUGUGUCUGAAACAAGAAUUGUGCAAAAACUUUUGAUGUGUCUAAGUAGAAGAUAUAACUCCAUUGUAUCUAUCAUUGAAGAAACUCGAGAUCUUGAUGUUCUUAGAGUUGAAGAGGUCAUUGCAUCUGUCAAGGUCUAUGAUAAAAGGGAGGACUUGCAUGAUGAAAGAGAUAAAUUGACAGGAACUGAGAGAGCUUUUAGUAGCCUCAAGGUUGGAAAUAACCAAGUCACUGGUUCCUAUAAGGGUUAA